GUCGCCAGCUGUUUAAUCCGCAGCUCCUUUGCAGCAUUGCCUGCGCGCCACCUGAUGUACGGAUGAGACUACCAUAGUUAUGUGCAUUAUCCUCAGCUAGCCAUGAUGCUAUUUCUAUUGAAGACGGUGAUCACCGUCCUUGCGCUUCUCGCAACCUGCGUUUUGCUACCCCAGCUUCCCCUAGGGGUUCUACGCUUCGUCCUCCGUGGUAUUGGAUGGGUCAUCCAAAAGCGAACGAGGUCUCGUAGAGAGUAUAUCCUGUCGCGUGUCCGGGCUGAAGAUGAGGAAGCUUUAUCCGAGCGGGCCAGAUCACCUUCUGGGACUCAGGGAGAAGAUGAGGAUUGGGAGAAACUCGACUCCUCUAGCUCCGGUUCAGGGACAUCUGGUAGUAACGAGGCCCAGGAAAGUGACGAUUGGGAUGGGAUUAUAGGUUUCUUUCACCCAUUUUGUAAUGCUGGCGGAGGCGGAGAACGUGUCCUCUGGGAAGCCGUCAGGGCAACGCAGAAGCGAUGGCCCAAAGCAAUCUGCGCUAUAUACACAGGAGAUCACGAAGUCAGCAAAACUGCCAUGCUGGAGAGGGUUCGGAACCGGUUCAACAUUCAACUACACGCUCCGACAGUGGUCCUACUAUACCUUAGUACCCGCAAAUAUGUCCAGAGCAGCAUGUAUCCUUACAUGACUUUAUUGGGCCAGUCUUUGGGAUCCCUGCUUGUCGCCUACGAUGCAUUUAAUCUCCUAGUCCCAGACGUCUUUGUCGAUACUAUGGGCUAUGCAUUCACCCUAGCCUUCUGCAAGAUGCUGUUCCCAUCUGUCCCAACGGGUGCCUACGUGCACUACCCCACCAUUUCCACAGAUAUGCUCCAGUCUCUUGAUGAUACGACCGGUUUGAAAGGAGUAAAUUCUGGUGCCGGAAAGGGAUUGAGGGGACAGAUCAAGCGAAAGUACUGGCUUGCCUUCGCCCGCCUUUACGGCUGGGUCGGGGGGCAUGUGGACGUUGUGAUGUGCAAUUCGUCUUGGACAUCUGCGCACAUUCGCACCAUUUGGGGCCCAUUCCGGCGGGUGCAAACCUACAAGGAGCCAACUGUUAUCUUUCCACCCACGGCCGUCUCGGAACUUCAAUCGACCAUUACGGUUGACGCGGAGAGCGAGAAAACUAGGGAGCCUCUUAUCCUAUACAUUGCGCAGUUCCGGCCAGAAAAGAACCAUCCGUUAGUCUUACGCUCGUUCGCACGCUUCCUCCGGGAACGCAGCAAGAACCCUGCCUUAGCCUCGCAACCACAGCCCAAAUUAGUCCUCAUUGGCUCGGUUCGGCAUGCUAGUCCCGAUGAAACCCAUAUCUACAACCUCCGGCUUCUGGCACACGAACUCCGUAUCCGCGAUCAUGCCACCUUUAUCUGCGACGCCAGCUGGCCCGCUAUUCUGUCUCACCUUGGUACAGCAUCAAUCGGCGUUAAUGGCAUGUGGAACGAACACUUUGGCAUCUGCGUAGUAGAAUACCAAGCCGCCGGCCUGAUCAGCGUGGUGCAUGACUCUGGUGGUCCUCGCGAGGACAUUGUCAUUGACUUGGGCGAUGGCGCAACAGGCUUCCGCGCCUCAACAGAAGACGAGUUCGCUGCCGCGUUCGAGACUGCGCUGGCUCUACCAGAGGGUGAAAAAGUUGCAAUGCGCUUACGUGCGAGGAGAUCUGCUCUGCGCUUCACUGAGCAGGAAUUUUCCCUCAAAUGGAUUAGUGAAAUAGGGAAGCUCGUUCGCAUGCAUGUUUAGUGAUUUGAAGAAGAGUCGACGACCUAAGAUUUCCAAAGAUAUACUAUGUACUUUGCAGUAUUAGAAAGUUUCUGGACCCAGCAGAUGAGCGAGCAUAUAUGUGGUCGUUUGGUGUGAGCAUCUGUAUCGAAUAGCAGCGCAUCUCCUAUAUAUGUAUACUCAAAAGCUCCCAACUCUGAUAGC